AGGUUUCCGAGCAGAUGAACAAUGGCAUCCACCAGCACCCAAUUGCACGACGGAGCUUCUCUCCCUCCUGGGUUUAGUUCCUGGAAACACGACGUCUUCUUGAGCUUCAGAGGCAAAGACACCCGCAACGGCUUCGUUGACCAUCUCUAUUCUGUUCUCGUUGAGAAGGUCAUUUUCCCGUACAAGGAUGAUCCGAAGCUCGAGAAAGGUGAAUCGAUUUUGCUGGCACUCCAGAAAGCCAUCGAAGAGUCGAGGCUUGCCGUGGUUGUUUUCUCCGAGAACUACGCUUCUUCCAAGUGGUGCUUGAAGGAACUCGUUAUGAUCCUCGAGUGCAAGAAGAAGAGGGGACUCACCGUUUUGCCCGUGUUCUAUAAAAUAAAUCCCUCGGAUUUUCGGGAACAAAAAGGGAGAGUUGGAGAAGCAUUCGCCGAACACGAGCGAGAUUCCAGCGAAGAGGUGCAGAGAUGGAGGAAUGCUCUAAUCGAAGCGGCUGAAGAUUGUGGGUGGCAUUAUACACACGGGCCUGAAGCAAAGUUUGUCAAAGACAUUGCCAUUCAUAUUCUAAACAUACUGGGAUAUAAUGGUUUAAGCGUUCCUGAAGAUGUUUUUGGAUUGCCUCCUCGUAUAGAAAACGUGAUGUCACUAUUGGAUUUGGAUGAUUCACGUAUAGUAGGGAUAGUAGGGAUAUGGGGAAUGGGUGGUAUAGGAAAGACUACUAUUGCCCGGGCUGUCUAUCACCAAAUUCGUCCUCGGUUUCAUGCCAGUUGCUACCUUCCGAAUGUCAGAGAAGCUGCUAAUAAGCAGGGCUUGGAGUCAUUGCAAUUAUCUCUUCUUUCUGGGCUCUCCUUGGUCACAGAAAGUGAGAUAAAAAUAAGCAGUAUUGAUUUUCCUAGGACAAUAGGGAGCAGGUUUCGGUGUAAGAGGGUUCUUGUAGUCCUGGAUGAUGUAGACCAUUCAGAUCAGCUGGAUGCCCUUGUUGGAAGACUUGAUUGGUUUGGUUCAGGAAGCAGAAUUAUAAUAACGACCAGAGACAGUCAUUUACUUGUCAAAUAUGGGGAUGCGGAGAAGAUUGUCUACAACGUUGAGGGACUAAAUGACAAGGAAGCUUCUAAGCUAUUUUGUUGUAAAGCAUUCAAGAACAACCAGCCAACGCCAGGUUUUGAGCGUCUCAUAAAAAGUGCAGUUGAUUACGCCAAAGGAAUUCCACUUGCUCUUAAAGUUUUGGGCAGUUAUCUAGUUGGCAAAAAGGUAAACGAAUGGUGGAGUGCAAUCCAUAGAUUGAGACAAGAGCCUCUUAAAGAUAUUCAGGAAGUGCUCAAAUUAAGCUAUGAAGGACUGGGGGAUGAGGAGAAGGAAAUUUUACUCGACAUUGCCUGCUUCUUUAAACGGUAUAGCAAGAAGUCCUACACAGUUGAGAAUAUACUGAAUGCUUGUGGUUUUCACGUGGAUAUUGGAAUAAGGACUCUUGAAGACAAGGCACUUGUAACCAAAAGAGACAAUAAGAUAGGCAUGCACGAUCUGAUACAAGAAAUGGGACAGCAUAUUGUUUAUGAAGAAUGCCCAAAAGAGCCCGGUAAAAGAAGCAAGUUGUUUAACUACAAAGACAUCUACGAUACACUCACAAAAAAAACUGGGACAAAAGCAGUGGACGCCAUAAUUUUGGAUUCUGUAAUUUUGGAUUCUCAUAAAACAGAAGAGAUAUUCUUGUGCGCUGAUUCGUUUUUGAAGAUGAUCAAUCUGCGAAUGCUCAAGCUUAGUAAUGUUCAGCUUCUUAAUGGUCUCGACUACCUCUCCAAUGAUUUACGUCUUCUUGAUUGGGCUGGAUACCCUUUAAAAUACCUGCCAUCAAAUUUUCGACCAAACAACCUUGCCAUACUCAAAAUGUUGAGGAGCUGCUUGGAACAACCUUGGAAUGGAAUAAUUUGCCUAGACAAGUUGAAAUAUGUUGACCUCAGUUAUUCAUUACACAUGAUCAAGAGCCCAGAUUUUAAACGGGCAGCAAAUCUUGAGAAAUUGAUUCUUGAAGGUUGUGCGAAGUUGGUUGAGAUCCCAUCCAUUGACGCCAUCAAAGGGCUUACGCUCUUAAAUUUGGAGGGCUGCAAAUCUCUUAAGGCUCUUCCUACCGGCUGUUGGCUUAAAUCCCUUAAACAACUUGUUCUUUCUGGUUGCUCAGAACUGAAAAAUGUUUCUGAAGUCUUAAAGUUUACAAAAUGCUUAACUGACCUUGAUUUGGAUGGGACUUGUGUAAAGGAACUGCCAGUUGAACAUCUCAGCAAACUUCAAUUCAUUAGUCUGCGGGAUUGCAAAGAACUUACAAGUCUUCCAAGUGGCAUUUGUCGGUUGAAACUUCUUGCAAGUUUGAUUGUUUCUGGCUGCUCAAAACUUAGCAAGUUGCCCGAGGACCUAGGAGAUUUGGAAAGAUUGCAGGAACUUCGUGCUGAUUUUACUGCUAUUAAGCAACCACCAUCCUCGAUUAAACGCCUGAAGGAGCUUAGGGUUUUGUCAUUUUUGGGAUGCAAGGAAUGUCAAGAUCCCAUGGGUUUUGAGCUACCUGCUCUAUCAGGCUUACACUCUUUGUUGUUACUAGAUCUUCGUAACCAGAACUUCUCAAAAGGAGUUCUCCCAGAUGACCUAGGCUCCUUAUCCUCGUUGCAAUGUUUAUACCUUAGCGGUACCAACAUUAUUAGCUUGCCAACAAGCAUCAGACGUCUUGGCCGGCUUCACACUCUUGAAUUGAUGGAUUGCAAGGAGCUUAAAAGUUUGCCCAAUCUCCCGAAAAAUAUCUAUUCCAUUAAUGUAAGUGGAUGCACAUCAUUAGAAACAUUGCAGGAUCAAUCUACAUUGCCUGGAAACCUUGCGUGGGUCAUUUUAAUGCAUUGUGAUACACUAGUAAAGAAUCGGCCGGGCCUCCCCCUUGAACUUUUCAGAAAUUAUCUGAAGGGUGUUGGUGAUUUCAAAUGCACUAUUGUUGUUCCUGGAACAGAGAUUCCAGAGGAGUUUGGUUCUCAAAAUAAUAUGGGGCAUUAUUAUGUUCGAAUCCAACCGAAGGCAGAUUGGUAUCUAAGGCUCAAGGGCUUUGUUGUAUGUGCUGUUUUUGAAGCAAAGGCUCCUCCAAUUGAAGCCGAAGUCCGUGUGGAAUGUUACGGGAUGCGCAAUGGUGAUGUAGUCUAUGCCACGGAUAUCCUCAUUAGCCGCUUCCAAUUUCAGUCCAAUCACAUACUUUUGGAUUGCAUAGCACUUGGAGAAGAUAUAAAUCAUUUGAAAGCUUGGACUGAGAUCAUCUUUUAUUUUAAAAGUUGUAGUCCUGAAAUGUUUGCCCCAGUAAAAUGCGCUGUGCAUAUGGAAUAUGAGAAUCACGAAAGUGUUGGAUUGAGAAAGAGAAGUCAUCGUGACUAUGACAACAAGGCAGACACAAAAGAACAGUUGAACCCUAAAAGGCUAAGAGACGUUGCGGGCCAACGGAGAGACUCUCAGUUUGAGCUAUCAGAAAUUUCAAUUCAAAAUAUACGAGAUUCAGCAACUGAGUUGGGCAUCAUUCGCGAUGUUUCAAGAUCCAAUCCUGAACUAGGGAGAAAUUCAUUCUGGCCAGUCUGGACUGAUGGGAGGAUGGAAGCUGUAGCAUUCGAUCAUCCAUGUUGUCGUACCAUUUAUUAAGUUGUAUUUUGUAUGCUUUAUGUUUUGAUAAAAUAUAAUAAUUAUACAAUCUUUUUAACAUUUUAAAUUAA